CCAGCACCAACCACCACUACCCUCGCCGCCGCCUCCUCCUCCUCCCUUUCUCUUCUCCUUUUGGCAGCACCAGGACGUCCGGUGUGGUGGUGCUGGUUGUGCUGCUGCUGGCUGGCUAGCUGGGGGCAGCAAGGAAACGUGAUCGCCUUUUGCAACGACUCCCCGCCGCCUCCGUUUCUUCCAAGGUGCCUUGCAGAGGGGAAAGCACGAGCGACCGUGGAAAAACUCAAGUCUCCGCGAGCACUCACGAUGAGCACACGAGGGGAAGGAGCCGGCCAGCCUUCGACUUCUUCCACGGCUGCCCAGGAGCAACCUGCGACCCCGCCGAAGAGGGGACGAGGGAGACCCAGGAAGCAACCACAAGAACCUGCUGGAGAGCCAUCUCCUAAAAGACCAAGGGGAAGACCCAAAGGGAGCAAAAACAAGAGUCCCUCAAAAGCAGCUCAAAAGAAGGCUGGAGCCACUGGGGAAAAACGACCAAGAGGCCGACCUAGGAAAUGGUGGCUGCCCAAGCUCCAGUCCUGGCUGCCAUACGAACAUGCACAUCUCAAUAAGGAAGCAUGGCAGCCAGGAAGCAGACACCAGCAGCCUCUUCGUAAAUGCAGAGAACAGCAAAUGGUCCCUGAGGUGACAGCCACAACAGGUGGUCCAGAAGAAGCCAGCUCAGGAACAGGCUGAAGAGACAUCUUCACAAGAAUCUGCAGAAGAUGAUUAGGAG